AUGGACACCAGGGAGGACAAAUCCCCACGGCAGAACCUCAUGGAAGAGGCCGUUUUGAGUGGCUCCAUGACACAGGAAUCCAAUGGGGAAGAAAAGACACUGAGAUCCCAUAGGAUGAGGGGCUCCAAACCCAGCCCAGGGUGCUCUGAGGAGGAAACACCCACCCAGGGCCAGGAAGGGGGACAGAGCUUCAGCCAGAGCUCGGAGCUGAUGGUCCACGGGCAGCUUCAUGGUGGGGAUCAGCCCUACAAGUGCUUGGAGUUUGGGAAGAGCUUCAGGCAGAGCAGCAGCCUGAUCAGCCACCAGAUGAUCCACACUGGGGAAUGGCCCUAUGAGUGUGCGGAGUGUGGGAAGGGCUUCAGCUACAGAUCCACCCUUGUGACCCACCAAUGCAUCCACACCGGGGAGAGGCCCUAUGAAUGUCCUGAGUGUCAGAAGAGAUUUCAGACUCGCUUCACUCUCCUCAGACACCAGCGGAUUCACACCAAUGAGAGGCCCUACCUCUGCCCUGACUGUGGGAAGGGCUUCAAGUGCCAUUCCCACCUCAUCACCCACCAGCACAUCCACACUGGGGAGAGGCCCUACGAGUGCUGCAUGUGUCCGAAAAGGUUUCAGACCAGCUCAAAUUUCCGCCUGCAUGAGCAGAUUCACGCAGAGGAGAGGCGCUUCUGCUGCCCUGACUGCGGGAAGGGCUUCAAGCACAACUUCACCCUUGUCAAGCACCAGCGCAUCCACAGUGGGGAGAGGCCGUAUGAGUGCCCCACCUGUGGGAAGGGCUUCACCCAGAGCUCUGACUUGACCAGACACCAAUGGAAGCAUCAGUAA